CUUAAAGCAUGGUCCUUUAUCUUCCGUUGACUGAUUCAACCACUCCUUUUUCUUAACUCUCGCUGAUUUGCUCACUUCAAAACUCCCUCAGUGUUCUUGUGUAAAAAAAAACAUAUGAGUUUUGUUUGAUAAAAAUUUGAGCUUUACUAAAUUAGAAGACAUGGACAUGAGUGACAAAGACGAGUUUGCUGCUAAGAAGAUGGAUUUGGAUUGGAGAAUCUCUGUCUCUAACCCAAUAGUUUCGUACCCUCCGGAGAAUCCAAUGCCGGGUCCUUCUCAGAUGAUGGAUUCAUUCAGGCAAAACCUUUGGCAUGAUGGUGGUGGUUUCAAUGUCCACACAGACAGAGGCACCUCUUCCAGAGGUAAUGUUGAUAGACCUGUUGAAAUGGGUUGGAACAUGGCUCAGUUUCCUGCAGAUUCUGGAUUCAUAGAGCGUGCUGCAAAGUUUUCGUUUUUCGGAUGUGGGAGUUUUGGUGAAAUGAUGAUGAACCAACAAUCUCUUGGAGGUCCACAAUCCACUGGCCUGUUUGUUCAGGAUACACAGAAUCAGAUUGGGGUUGCAACUGGAUCCAACCAAGUUGAUGGACCUCUUAAGGAUGCAACUAAGGUAGUGAAAGAAAAUGGAUCGAGUAAUGUAUCAGAAGAUUCUCAAUCUAGUGGAGGCAAUGGUCACGAUGAUGCUAAAUGUAUGGAAAUAUCUUCCAAGAGGUUUAACGCAAAGAAGAGGAAGAGGACAGGGAAGGAUUCUGAACAUAGAGGUCAACAAUCUGGUGAAGAAGAAGAAGAAGAUAAAAAUGAGAAGGAUGAACAAAGUCCAAAUUCAAAUGCUAACAAGACUAAUAGUGGGAAACAAGCUUCUGAUACUUUGAAGGAUGGGUAUAUUCACAUGAGGGCAAGAAGAGGCCAAGCCACAAAUAGUCACAGUCUUGCUGAAAGAGUAAGGAGAGAAAAAAUCAGUGAAAGAAUGAAGUUCCUGCAAGAUCUAGUACCGGGUUGCGACAAGGUGACCGGGAAAGCAGUUAUGCUCGAUGAGAUCAUUAACUAUGUGCAAUCACUUCAAUGCCAGAUCGAGUUUUUAUCAAUGAAGCUUUCGGCUGUGAAUCCUGUGCUCGAUUAUAAUCUCGAAAGCCUCCUUGCAAAAGAUGCCCUUCAAGUACCUGCCCCGAUACUUCCCCAAGACAUGUCGAUGCUAUAUCCUCCACUAUCGCAUCACUCUCAAAAAGGAUUCAUGCAACCAAACAUUUCUUCAAUGUCUAUAUUGAAUGGAGGAUUAAUACGGCAGGAAAGACAUGGAUACGAAAGUGAUCAGCAUAAUGUUGUCCACAUGAACCAUGAAACUGAUACUGCACCUAAUCAUGAAGACGCAACAGCCAACAGGAAGGUGGAGCCGUAGGUGUUUCUUUGUACUCAGCUUUAGUUGCUGUAAUAGCCUGAGCUGCGGUUGAGAAUUAUAUUAACUUUGAACAGAAGAGUGAAAACGAAACAGAGGAGGAAGCAGAUCUUGUCUUUGUAAUCUUAACAGCUCUAGGAGAAAGAUUCGAGAGUAAGAAUCAACAACAUUGUGUAAUGAAUAGCUGUCUGCUUCUGUUGUGUACAUAUGUACAUGUAGGGAAGAGAAAUGCUGAUGUUACAUAUGUUUGCAACGUGACCCACAAUCUUCAAACAGAUCAAGAUUUGCUAUGUAGUUCAGCUAGUUUUUCAGAAAACGUGAUUGCAAUGACCGAGAUAAAUCGGAAUUAGCUCCA